AUGAACAUCUUUGUUGCCUUCGUUGUCGUCGCACUGGCCAACGUGGCAGAGCCGAAAUCGGUAUCGAAGAAAGAGAAAAGAGGGGUGGCCUUGUUUGGACCGUCUAGUUACGAUUUCUUCGGCGUCGCGCCCAUUUUCUCCGCUCCGUCGUGGUCGCCGACCAGUUUCGGAUCGACUUCUUGGAGCCCUUCGGGUGUUCCCGAUGUCCCCUUGACGCAGGUCCAGGUUCAGGCUACGCACGACGUCGCCAUUCAGGCACUGAGGGAUCCAGCACCUGGUACUCCAAGCAUCGCCUAUCCGCCGGACGUUAUCAGAGCGAUUCAACACGCCAAAGACGCGAACCAAAAUGUGAACUUGGCACAGCAGAGGGUGGCGGAGGCUAAGCACGCUGCCGUCGUCCAGCAGAAGGUCGCCCUGGCCAAGGAGGCUGCUGCGAGGGAGGCUACAGCCAGGUCGCAAGAGAUCUCGUCAUCAGCCGAAGCGGAAGCCAGAUCGAGUGCCAAGCAGCUAGUGGCUCUUCAGCAGAGAUUAGCGUCCCUGAAGGAUGCGGUAGCAGCUGCGCAACGGGUGGCAGCCGCCAGGGAGGCUGCCGCCGCCGCUGCGAUUCAGAGGAACGCGGCAGAAACUGCAGCCGAGUUGCAGAAGCAAGAUGUGGAUAAGCAGAUCAGUCAGAGCGAGCAGGAGGCAAAGGAGAAAGACAUCAUAGCAGCGAAAGAGAACGCCGUGGCGAACGCGGUGCAGCUCGCAGCGCUGCAGAAACCGGUGCAUCCUACCUGGCGCCGAUAAGAGAACCGCGCCGUUCUCCGCCACGAGAAUCCCCCCUCCCGCUCUGCAUUGUUCCAGCCAUGGUGUCGGUCCCCUAUGAUUUAUUUUUAUACUUGUUACGAAUAAACAUUGUUCCCAGAAAGCCGAA